CGAAGGUAUUUGACGAUAUCAUUACUUUUCAUAACUUUCUCUAAUAUCUUCCAUAGUCACUACAGUGUGAAUUGAAGUAAGAAUUAUCCCUCCCUCCAAAAGGAUAGUUGAGUGUAUAUAUAUAUUAGACACGGUAUCAUGAGUUGGCUUGUUCAAGAUCUAGAGAACAUUGCUUGGGAAAACAUUGUUAAACCAAAGCCGAAGGUAAAAACUUAUCGUUCCAAAGCUGUUAGAGAGCAGAAUGAAAAAGCAUCUUUAGGACAAAAGCAUAAAACCCAGAAUCGCAGGUCGACACGGACACCGCUUGCUGUUAAGCAAGGAAACAAUGGUGCUUCAAAGGACUGGAAGAGAUUAGAAGCACAUGCAAAGGGUAUAAAUGCACGAAAAUUGAAAGGGAGGGAAAGCAAAGGAUACGGCGAUGUACUUCCAGCCAUAUUUUCCAUCAUCAUAACCCCUCCAGUAACACCAAAACGGAGGACAAGCAAGCAAUCAAGUAUAGGUGUGAGUACAAAGGCACUUGAUUCUAAUCAUUUAGAAUUGGUCGAUUUUAAUAUUCCUGCUGAUGUUUCUCAAAUAAAUUUCGCAGACUGCAUUCAAACCUCAACCCCAAAGAAAAAUCGGCGAGAAGAUAUCACUGAGGAGGAGGAUGAUGAACUUGUUACUCAGAUUCCAUCAUUGCAAUUCCGCAGGGGUAGCCUAAAAGCGCCUUCCCAACGAAGUCCAACAAAAGCACGGCGUACUUGGAAAGAGUAUGAUGAGGAAGAAGACGAGAUCGUGUGUCAAUUUGCAACUGCAAACAACAGCAGCGUUGCUUGAUACUAGCAUGCAUCAUCUUCCAUUUUCAGAAAACGCUUAUUCAGGUUUACGAUACUGAAGCUUUUCGACUCUAACUUCUUCAUUAAAAAUGCGAUAAACAUAAAGAAUCAGAACGCUUCCCUGAAUGUCAACAAGAACAAAACUGGGGACAGGUGCUUCAUCUUCCUCGAGAACAGAAGCUCCUGGAGCUCCAGUUGCUGAUCCUGGGUUGAUGAAGAAACAACCAUCCAUUUCAUAUGCUUCAAAUCGAUGAGUUGUUCCCGAUAAAAAGAUGUCAGCAUCCAUUUCUCUGGCAAUCAUGCUCAACGCUUCCGGACUUGCGCGUGGAACAACAAGAUGUCCACUUGUGUAAGCAAUUUUAAAGGCUCCAUGCUUUACCAAUCCAGAAACAGGUGCCGUGCUGCCAAUAUCAAAUUGACCUUUCACGAGCUUCACAUCAGAGCACACGUGUUUCAGAAAGUCGAAAGUACUCGCUGUCGUUAAGUUUCCAAGGCAAAUAAUCUGAUCAAUCUUGCCUGGGACCAGCAACCUUUUAAACUGUUUUGGGUUAGCAACUCCCUUUUCACAAACAAAAUAUUCGCCAGCAAAACAAUUGAUGGGAUACAUAAUAAAGGGGAAUCAUGAAAAAAUGAAUCAUGCUCAUGGAAGGAGAAACCUGUCUUUGAUGUAAUUGUGUGUUGCUUUAGCAUUGCAUUUACCUGUUCUGAAAUUUUAGGGACCCUGUCCGGAAUGUGAAAGUCUCCAAUUACAAGAAUAAGCAUAACGGUUGAACGUCUUCGUCAAGAAUUAGCAGCUAAAAUCUUUGUUUUUGUCUUUAUGGGUAUGGAACGUAGUACGCCUAGGACCGUCGCUUCGACUACCUCAGCUAGCUACUAA